UUUCUUCCAUCUGAAGAUGAAGUUCCUUUUGAAGCCCUGCAGAUCAAUCUAAUGGAGUUACUAGAGGCACAUGCCACCCCACCAGAGCUCAGCUUCCUGCUUGUGCACCCAGUCUCUGCCAGUCUGGGGUGCAGAAAGAUGGCUGCUCUUCUAUCAUGCCACUUGGGCUAUGGAAUUUGUGUGCUGGUAGGAGAACCCCGUUCAGGAUCACAGAUCUCCUUUGACCCUUUGCUGCUGUUCACUGGGCGUCAAUGGAAAUAUUCGCAGCAUUCUGUUGUUUGAAGCUCCUGAUCAAUGACGAGUGAGAUGUGAGCAGCACAGCGCUUCUCCUUCAGAAUCACCUGCCUGACUCCUUCUCAUUAUAAAAUCAACCUACUAAUAAAAAAAUUGACUAAUCUUUACUUCUAGAGAUGUAUAAGUCUAAACUUGGAAACAUAUGAAUAGAUUUAGGAGCCAUUUUGGUUUGGAACUAAGAAUUCAAAAAUGCGUCCAUAGCUUUGAAGUGUGUGAAAGAGAGCAGUGCAUGUAGGAAGGAGGUUAUCCUGGAGAUGGGUCUGUUUCCAAGUUAUUCAGAAUUAAACUAAAUUAGCCACUUCAUCACGUAAUUAAAAUAGCUCAAUUGGAA